AUGGCAAAUGCUCGUAUUGCUAGGUUUGUUACAGAGGUAGCACCACCACAAUUUGUUAAUGUCAUGAGAAACCGAGCCUCAAAGAUGUUAGAAACCAUCAAAGAGGAGGAGAGAGAAGCGAGUCACUUUCUUUGAAGAGUUACUCUCCACCUUCAUCGACUUCAGCUUAUCUCGCAGCUAGCACAAGCGAGUCACUUUCUCUGAAGAGUUAUACUUCACCUUCAUCGACUUCAGUUUAUUCUGCUUCGUCAUCAAAUUCAAAAUAUUUUCUCAAAGAAGUUCAGAGGUCGUUUUCUGUAUUUGGCAGCUAAAGUAUCUAUAACUUAAGCUUGCUAAGAGCGCUUUAAAAUUUUCAAUUUCUUGACCAGUCUACAGUCUACAGUCUACUGUCUACUGUCUACUGUCUACUGAUUCCUUGUUAUUUUCUUUCAGCAAAUUUUCUCUCGUUCUUAGUAAGAAAGUCCGAGAAGCUUUGGACGGAGUCCAAGCUUUGCUGAGACUAGAUAAAUAUUGCCUCUAUGUAACCUCUGUGGGAUGAUGAAAAUUCCUCCUCCGGACUAUCAUGCAAUUUUCUGUAAAUAUUACCAAAGUUGCUUCAGUACGGCUAUGAAAUUGUUAUGUA